AUGAAAGCUAAUGAUCCAGAGACCUGUGGGCACGAAACUUAUUCAAAAGAAAAUGAACCAACCAUUAAGGAUUUUACCAACGAGCUUGUACAACUUAAACAUGAGCAGUCUCAACUUAAUCUGGUUGUCAGGGAUAUGAAAAACGAGCUUAUACAAAUUAGACAUGAACUACAGAAAAUCGCAUUACUGUUGAAGCCAUACAAUGAUUUUAAUAGAGGUGUAUUUUUACUUCCUGACGAAAUCUUGUUGAUAAUUCUAGAGUACGUAAACCAGAUGGAUGUAUUUCAUUUGGCUUUGACUCACAGACAUUUUGAAAAUGCUUGUAAAAGAAAGUUGUUUAAAUCAAUUUUUGUUUAUGAUGAUUUUUUAGAUGGCAAAGAUAUCAAAGUGAUCAAUGUUCCUAAAAAAAUGUAUACACCUUUCUAUAUGAAAUGUACCGUGGUUGGCUUAUCAAAACUUUUAGAGUUAAUUGCGAGUUCUUAUUAUAUGCCACAAUACAUGAGAGCUAUACUUUUUGCUGAUGAUACAAACGUGUUAACGGAUACGUUGGAUGUUAUUGCCAGAGAAGCUGACAGAUGUUCGAUUCUGUUUCUUGAUAUUUCACGUAGUGAUGUCCUCAAUUGGGUAUUAAAGCAUCAAGAGACAACCGUUUCUGAAUACCAUUUAGGUGAAACAUGCACUCGGCAGAAAGCCUAUUUGGUGAAACAUUUACUUUUGUUCGAGCCUAUGCUGGGUUUCAUAAAUUUUAAAAGAUUGAAAAGUAUCAAGGUUGUAGACCCUCCCAGGUCCAGUUGGUCAACUAAGAUUGUAGUUGAAGAUUUAUCUGUGGAAGUCAGUGAUCAGUAUUUAGAGGAUUCUUUUUCGGCGUUUGAUAUUCCGCGGAUUAGAAGGUUAGAGAUACGUUGUUUAGAAAGGAAUCUCCGUAAAGAGAUGGCUCCCCAAUUGGGUGGUAUUUUCCGAUCCCUUAAGGCACUAAAGGUAACAAUAAACGGUAGACUUGUUGGAUAUUCAGAAUUUGAGAUGUGGUUGCAGAGCUUCCUUAAGUCAUUAAAGAGGAAUACCUUGGAAGAAAUCGAUUUGCAAGUCAAUUGGAAUGUCUUUAGCCAUGUCUUGGGUUUGUGUCUGAACCAUGACCAAUCUUUGAAAGUGGUAAGUGUCUCAUCAACGCAACGAGUAGGGUUUCGAAGCGGCCAGCCAGAUUUCAACCAAUAUGGAAGGACCGUAUGCAAUAACCGGAAUGCUUUCUGGGUUGCGAAAUUAUCCCAGGUAGGUUUAAGUAAUUAUCAGUCUUUGGAAAGAUUAAUCAUCGAGGGCCAACUUUUACUUGUUAGUAAAACAAAAGAGAAGUUCUUGCUUCCUGUGGAAUUUUAUGGGCAAGAUCGUUCUAGCUAA